CCUCCACUGUAUAAUCCGAAGUGUCAGCACUGUCCCUUAUAUCAACCGCACGGUGACGUCCACAUGCCGCUAUGAGUCAAGGCACAAUACGAGGAAAUCCCCGAGGCCGAGAAAACGACGAGAGGCCCCUUUAAAUCGACGCUUCCUCGGUGUUGUGCCAAGAGAGAGAGAGCUCUGAUAAACAACAACACUGCUCUCAGAAGCCGCUUUUACCGGAUCCAGAUCUUUACUGCGGCCUCGGCGAGGAAGAGGCUACGAGGACUUUCUCUCGGUGCUUCGCAACAUUUCGUCGUCUGUUGUUCAUGCCAUUGCGGAAGUGAGAAGCUCCUCGACGCGACACAGAGCCGGAGCUGUGCGGACAUCUAGCGGCCGAGCAGGAGAAGGCGCCCGCAGCAGACAUGUACGGAGCUUCAGGCAUCCCGGAGCUCAUCCCGCCCAGCGGGCCGCCGCGGCAGCCCGGCCCGGCGGGCCAGUACAACCCCGGACACCCGCAGGUCAACGGCCACGGCGGCGAAGCCAACCCUCAGAGACUGGGACAGAGGGCACCCAAGCUGGGCCAGAUUGGUCGGUCUAAGAAAGUGGAUUUGGAGGAUGAAGACUUGGAUGACAUCAUGAACAACAACGGGCAGUGUCCUGUAUCCCUGUCUCCCAUCUCCUAAACUUCCCCAAGAAGUGCCAAAAAAAAGAAAAGAAGAAGUCCCACAGGACGCCAAAACCCCUCGUCAGUGACCUUGGCCUCGAGCCUGUCAAGUGUCCGACUGAAGCUUCUGAUGGCUCAACCAGGCACAAAAACGGCUCAUUUAGCGCCAGCUGAAGCCUCGGCGCUGACUGUACAUAGUGUUUAUUUAACUUACCUUUUGGUCAGACUGUGAAUCGUAUUGCAUCGCCCUCUACUCUAUACCUCGGUAGGCCGCGGAAUUUCAGUACUUGAGAACGAUUUGGAGAAAGUGUCUAUAUUUUUCAAAGCUUCUUAACAAGGGCUACAUUUCUGAAGUUGCACUGAGCAAAUGGUUCGUUGAAAAGCCUGCCUGUUUCCCAGUGAGGGUUCCUCAUUUAGGGGCGGGCUGUGUGAGGGGACACAAGCCGUUAAUGUGUAUCACACAGGUGAAAUGUUAAGCUUUGGUUGUGCAACGACUGUCAUUCUUCACCCUCACACUGAUGCAGGUGGUGUACUAUUAUCCAGUGGAUGAAAGCUCGCUAUUUUCAGUUAAAAAAAAAAAAAAAAAAAAAAAAACUACUGCUAAUUAUUUAUUGUUUCAAAAAUGAGAAGAAACACUUUGUUGUGUUGUUAUGGCUUCUACGUGUUUUUUACUUGUUUCUGAAUGGAAAUCGCUCCAGUCAUCUAAAACUGAGCUUUAUUCUGUUUCCAAAUGGUGCACUUUGUGGGAAUGCCUGUUAUGUGCAGUGACAUGUCGCAGAAUUCUAUGCAUGGAGUCUGUUCGAGCAUCAUAACUGGUAUCCUGUUAUUAAGGGCUAUGUAGUAGUAUUUCAAGCCACACCACCGUUAUGCUCUUUAGAUCACGCUGAGUCAACAUUUCCCUAAGCUCGUCGGUGGCCUGAGCUGCAGACUCGGCAGUAAAAUAUCAUAAACCACCACAGAUUCAUGGAGGUUUUGUUCAUUUUUUUUUUUUUUUUUUUAAGGGGCGGGUUUCCCAGUUGGCCGGACAGCUGUGAUAAAAGACGUGCAUUUCUAAAUGUUUUGAAUAAAUCGCCAAAUGGUAUUUGAUGCUAUGUGAGAUUGGUCAUUAAAAUGGGUUCUGAUUGGCGCACAGACACGUCGUAAUGAACAACACUUGCUUGUCAGCUCGCACAGCGGUUGUCUGCUUGUUGAGCUACACCCAGAUGGCGUCACGGUGUCUUUGAGGUUCAGGUGAGCUAUUUAAAGAUAAUGUCAGCCUUUAUUUUUCCAAUUACAAUAUGAGAUCAUGAAAACAAGCAGCCUAUGACGAGCUCUCACUGCUGAGACAAUCUUAACACUGAUGUUUUGGGGUUUUUUUUAAGGAUUGCAGUGGACCUCGAUAUGACAUAUUGUCUGUGAAGACUCAUGCUGAUUUCAUGCUACGUAGUUGGCUGUGAAAUUGUCACUAGUUGACUUUUACUUUUUUUGCAUCAUGGCCGCAUUUCACGGCUCAUUCAUGUUGGGUUGUGGUUCACCAUUUGCAUGGAAAUGGUCGACUUUUCUUAAUGCAUCUCGGGAAAUAAAAGCUGAAUCUUUGUGGAA